UCAUCAUUUCCUUAUUGCUUCUUCAUCUCCACAACCCCACAACAAAUGCACUUACAUUUCAUGCUAAUCACUAUCUCUCUUUAAACUUUAAGAGCCUUUUUGUUAUUUUCAGCUUCUUUUUUUUUUUCUAUGGUUUCCCUCCAAGGCUCCAACAUUUCCGGCUCUGAGAAUUGAGUAAGUGUUCAAAGUCUGUGGUGGGUCUCGGCUAUUGAUGGCUAGGAAAUUCAAGCUGAACUGCCGCUCUCAAAAUUGAAGCCAAAGCCUUUGUGGAUACCGACAAGAGGUUGGCUUUCUUUGACUUUGAAGUUUUUAUUUUGUUUUAAUUAGUUUGUAGCUUUGGUAGAUGAACAAACUCAAUCAGGCGGAGAAAACAAAGCCGUAUUAGAAUAUUUUUUGGACUAUUCUUCUAGAAUGGAUUACUUAAGAGCCCUCAGAAAAUGAAUAAGCUGGUACAUAUAUAUAUGUGGCAUGAUGAGAUCCAUUUUCUUGAUAGGUAGGACCGAAAAUCUUAGUGGAAACGCGGAAGAUUAGUUUCAGUGUUGGUAAAAGGGUCUACCAAUAAGAUUUGAUUCUUUUGAAUGCAUGCAACUUGUAAAGUGGGGUUUGUCUUUUUAAGCGGCGAAUUGAAUAUUGUGGGAUUUGGAGUGCAAGACCCAUAUAAAAAUUUGAGCUUGUUUGCUCUUACAAGUCUUGUGUAGUUGAGGAAGUUAUAAAUUUGAAUGUGAAACUCAGAGGUGGAAAUAGAAGAGAACCCAGAAAAGAGGACACCUAAUUGAUACAAUUAAAGAUUUUUGCUUUGUUUGUAUUGAUUUAUUGAUCUUCUUGGUGUUGACAUUACUGGGAAGAACAUGGUGGGAAGCAUUGAGAGAAUGGGUCAUAAUUUAUACUCCAAUGGGUCUAUUCAGAACUUUAAUGGUUUGGAAGAGAAGCUUGAUGAGCUUCGCCGCCUUCUUGGCAAGGCUGCUGGUGAUCCAUUAAGGAUUGUUGGUGUUGGAGCAGGUGCUUGGGGCAGUGUUUUUGCAGCUUUACUACAAGACAGCUAUGGCCAAUAUAGAGAGAAGGUCCAAAUCAGAAUAUGGAGAAGGCCAGGAAGAGCUGUUGAUAGAGCCACAGCUGAACAUCUCUUUGAAGUGAUCAAUUCGAGGGAGGAUGUAUUGAGGAGGUUGAUCAGACGCUGUGCAUAUUUGAAGUAUGUCGAGGCAAGACUAGGUGAUCGGACUCUCUAUGCGGAUGAGAUUUUGAAAGAUGGGUUUUGCUUGAACAUGAUUGAUACCCCACUUUGUCCUUUGAAGGUUGUGACUAAUUUGCAGGAGGCUAUUUGGGAUGCCGAUAUUGUGGUGAAUGGCUUGCCUUCCACCGAAACUCGGGAGGUUUUUGAAGAGAUCAGUCAUUACUGGAAGGAGAGAAUCACAGUCCCAAUCAUCAUAUCCUUGUCAAAGGGUAUAGAGGCUGCACUAGAUCCUGUUCCCCACAUAAUAACUCCCACGCAAAUGAUUAACCGAGCAACUGGAAUGUCUAUGGAGAACAUACUUUAUCUAGGUGGACCAAAUAUUGCAUCAGAAAUUUACAACAAGGAAUAUGCUAAUGCUCGAAUUUGUGGAGCUGAGAAGUGGAGGAAACCCCUUGCAAAAUUUUUAAGGCAACCCCAUUUUAUUGUCUGGGACAACAGUGACCUUGUCACACAUGAAGUCAUGGGUGGUCUGAAAAAUGUCUAUGCCAUUGGCGCUGGAAUGGUAGCAGCCCUUACCAAUGAAAGUGCUACCAGCAAAUCAGUAUAUUUUGCACAUUGUACAUCAGAGAUGAUAUUUAUUACCCAUUUGUUGGCUGAGGAACCAGAGAAGCUUGCAGGGCCUUUGCUGGCUGACACUUAUGUAACCUUGUUAAAAGGUCGUAAUGCAUGGUAUGGCCAAAUGUUAGCCAAGGGUGAACUAAGCCUAGAUAUGGGUGAUAGCAUCAGUGGCAAAGGAAUGAUUCAGGGUGUUUCUGCAGUAGGGGCUUUCUAUGAACUUUUGAGUCAGUCUAGCCUAAAUGUACCGCAUCCUGAAGAGAACAAGCCAGUAGCUCCUGUAGAGCUAUGCCCCAUCUUAAAGACACUCUAUAAGAUACUGAUCAGAAGGGAACAAUCAUCACAAGCAAUUCUGAAGGCACUGAGGGAUGAAACCUUGAAUGAUCCUCGUGAACGCAUUGAGAUUGCACAAACUCAUGCUUUCUACAAGCCUUCACUUCUUGGACAGCCUUGAUUACUUUUCCCAUAGCGAAAGAAAGUUAUAACAUAAUUUAAAGAAGCACUUGCUGUAUUAAUGCAUGAUGAAGAAAACAUAUUGGUUAUUGUAAUAGAUUGUGUAUUGAUUCAAUAAAUUAUAUAUAACUAAUUGGUUA